GCAUUUCUCCUAUCGAAUUUAUACUACUGAAGCAUUUCGCAGUUAAAAAAAUGGUUUUCUCAUCCCUACCAUGGUUCCUUAUUCUGUCUGCAAUUAUCACAAAACCCCUUAAAACCCUAGUCCUGUAUAUCAAUCAAUGAUCUAAUUUCACUCCAACCUUUUCUGGAAGGAGGAAUAAAGAUGAGUCAACAACCAUCGGUGGUGCUAGCAACGGCUAGCUAUGAUCACACUAUAAAGUUUUGGGAGGCUAAAAGUGCCCGCUGCUAUCGCACUAUCCAAUACCCUGAAUCUCAAGUGAAUCGUCUCGAAAUUACUCCGGAUAAACGCUUCCUUGCUGCUGCUGGAAAUCCUCACAUUCGAUUAUUUGACAUCAACUCUAACAGUCCUCAGCCGCUGAAGAGCUUUGAUUCACACACUAACAAUGUGAUGGCGGUAGGAUUUCAAUGUGAUGGAAAUUGGAUGUAUUCUGGAUCUGAAGAUGGCACUGUAAAGAUUUGGGAUCUGAGGGCACCAGGUUGUCAGAGGGAAUAUGAAAGUCGGGCAGCUGUGAACACUGUAGUUUUGCACCCUAAUCAGACUGAGUUGAUAUCUGGAGACCAGAAUGGCAAUAUCCGUGUGUGGGAUUUGAGGGCAAAUUCAUGUAGCUGUGAGUUGGUACCAGAGGUGGAUACAGCUGUCCGAUCUUUGACUAUAAUGUGGGAUGGAAGCUUAAUUGUUGCUGCAAACAAUCGUGGAACAUGUUAUGUUUGGCGUUUAUUACGUGGCACCGAGACAAUGACCAACUUUGAGCCUCUGCAUAAGUUACAGGCUCAUGACGGUUAUAUCCUCAAAUGUCUUCUUUCGCCUGAAUUAUGCGAACCUCACAGGUAUUUGGCCACUGCAUCUUCUGAUCAUACUGUCAAGAUUUGGAAUGUGGAUGGCUUUACCUUGGAGAAAACUCUUAUAGGACAUGAACGCUGGGUUUGGGACUGUGUAUUCUCUGUCGAUGGUGCUUUUCUCAUCACAGCAUCUUCUGAUACAACAGCAAGAUUAUGGUCCACAUCUACUGGCAAAGACAUCAAAGUGUACCAAGGGCAUCAUAAAGCAACAGUAUGUUGUGCUCUACAUGACGGGCCUGAACCUUCUAGCUGAACUUGGAGCAUGCGUUGUUCGUCUUAUAGAUGACCCCAGGGCUUUAGUUAAGUUGUAAGGGCGCAGAGCGUGGUGUGGGGGUUGGUGCAGGUCACACAUUCAACCCCUGCCGCAUACAAGAAACUUGGUGUUUAAGUGGAGAAAGGUGGGGCCGGCCAAUUAUUUACUGAAUUUAAAACCAUGCGCCAGCUGGAUUUAAGGAAUUUCUCUAUUAUCAGGAAAGAUUAUAGAUGAAAUUUGGACGUUUAUUGUCGUCUUCUACAGGAUAUUCAGUUUGCCCUGUUCUCUAGGCAUUUGGUGCACAUAAGUUGCAUUCUGUCGUUUGCUUUCAUGGAUGCUUAUCCAUGGUUUCAUAAGUGAGCUCUUAGGUCAUAAAUUUUAGUGUUUAAUAGAAUCAUGAUAGAACACUGUUACCUGAGCUUGUAUGCGUCAUUAGCACUUAGUUUGUAUGAGCUUUUAGCGUAAAUGAUCCUUGUUACCUGAUCUUGAUGUUUGGAAUUUUUUCUUUUUCUCAAUUUAACCAUUUAUUAA